ACAGACAGAGACAGAGAGAGAGAGAGAGAGAGAGAGAGAGAGAGAGAGAGAGAGAGAGAGACCCCCCCACAAAAUAGUGUUCUUAGCAUGUCACCUCAGUAGUGAGAGCAGAUGAUUCAAGGGUGAGAAAGAGACAGAGGAGACAGAGACAGGGAGAGAAAGGAGAGGUCAUUGUAUGAGAUGACAGACUACUGAUUCCAGCAUUUUUAUAUAUAUAUAUAUAUAUAUAUUUUAUUUGCUGGUAUCAGCAGAUAUUGUAGCUACUUUUUCCACACCCAUUUACUUGACUGGUGGAUACAGAUUUUUUUUUUUCUUUACGUAUUUUAAGUUACAGAAACAAGUGGGACAACCUUGGAAAAAGAAGAGGCCUGUAUCAGCUAAAUAUAGAGAAUUUCCAGGUCUGUGUUUAGCUUGUUUUAACCUUCCUCAUACAGAUCUGGACAGUGUUUCCUCGUCACCAUGGUGGGCAGGUGGGACUUUCUGAUACUGACUCUGUAUCUCGCCCUCAUCACGGUCCUGUCAGUCACAUCACCCUGCCCUCAAGGAUUUCAAUCUGGGAAGCAAGGAUGCAUUGAUGAAGAUGAAUGUGCUGUUGAUGACUACUAUCCUGAUAAUAUUGGACCAUGUGGAGAGAAUGCGAUCUGUUUAAACACAAAUGGCAGCUUCUACUGCCAAUGUGAAGAUGGUUUCAUUUCAUCAACACGGACUGUGACUUUUUCAGCUGAAACAUCUGCAACAUGUAAAGAUAUUAAUGAGUGUUUGGGCGAUGCAAGCAUCUGUGGAUCUAAUGCCUCAUGUUUUAACACAAUUCCACAUUACUCCUGCAUUUGUGAUGAUGGAUUCACUUCCUCAAAUGGAGCAGAAAGUUUUCGCCACAGUGACAAUGUGACAUGUAGAGAUAUUGACGAAUGUCAGGAUGAAAAGGCUUGUGGUCAGAAUGCAACAUGCGCCAACACACCAGGAAGUUAUGACUGUGUCUGUAAUGAUGGCUUUGGACUGAAAUCUGGCAAAUCAAUCUCCUCUGGCAAUCAAAAGCAAUGUGAAGACAUAUGUACGAUUGAUAAGACAAUCUGUGGAAAUGGAACCUGCCACCGUGGAGCCAGUGGCCAUUUCUGUUCAUGCUAUGCAGGGUUCACUAACUAUGGCAACAAAAGGUCUCGCUGCAUCGCGUUAGACUGUGAUGUGUUCAAAGAUAUGAACUAUCUGAAAGAGAAAUUUCCUGCUGCACAUGAUCUUGUGAUGCAGUUGGAAAAAAGCUGUCUGGAGCUUACACAAAGUGAGAAUCCAACAAAGCUGGAUGGAGAGGACAUACUAACGAGACUGUUGUCUAUGAUCGACAAGCUCUUGUCCGGUGGAGCCUUCAAGGAUAACAGGAAAGUCUCCACCUUUCUGGAUAUGGUGGAGAACACACUGAGGCUCAUCGGACCUUUAAUUGAGCCCCCUGGGGCAAAUAGAUCCUCCACUCACACAGAGCUUGAGCUGCUGGUACAUAAGGGCCGUGACUUACCCCAUGGACCUGUGACUUUAACAUCUAAGAAAGCUCAGCUGAACAUCCAGAUGAAGACAGCUGCUGGAGAUCCCUCCUAUUACCCUGGUUUUACAACAGUGUCCUUGCUGAGCUAUGCAAACCUGAAAGACUCUGCAGAUGGAUACUUUAGUGGGAUGAAACCACAGAAGAACCAAAGCUUUGAGAUCAACUCUAAAGUCGUGACUGUCACUGUCAGUAACAGAAACACAAGGCACCUCGAAGAGCCAGUCGAAUUAACUUUCUACCACCUGAAACAGUUAAAUAAAUCUAACCACAUCUGUGUGUUCUGGGAUUCCUCUGAGGAAAGAGGGGCAUGGUCUGCUCGUGGUUGCAGUGUGGUGGAGUCCAACGUUGAAUACACUGUGUGCUCGUGCAACCAUCUGAGCAGCUUUGCUGUGCUCAUGGCACUCUAUGAGAUGGAGCACAAGUUCGAGUUGCAGCUGAUCACCUGGGUGGGUCUGUCCCUUUCACUUAUUUGCCUGUUCAUCUGCAUCCUGACGUUCUCGUUGAUCCGCUCCAUCAAAAGCCCAAGAACCACCAUCCACCUGCACCUCUGCAUCAGCCUCUUCAUUGCCAUGCUUAUCUUCCUUGCAGGCAUCUCUCGUACAGAGAACCGGACUGGCUGUGCAGUGGUGGCAGGACUGCUGCAUUUCUUCUUCCUGGCAGCAUUUUCCUGGAUGUGUCUGGAGGGCAUACAAUUGUUCAGGAUGGUAGUCCUGGUCUUUAACACCAACUUCAAAACCCUCUACAUGAUGGCAGGUGGCUAUGGAGUCCCAGCUGUAAUUGUCAGUAUCUCUGCCUUAGCUAAUGCUAAGGGAUAUGGCACUCAGAGACAUUGUUGGUUAGACCUGGAAUUCAUUUGGAGUUUCUUUGGCCCUGUCUGUGUCAUCAUCAUUGUAAACAUUUUAUUCUUUCUCAUCACUGUGUGGAAGUUGGCACAGAAGUUUUCAAGUUUAAACCCCGACUUGGACAAUCUGCAGAAAAUAAAGGCGUUCACCAUUACUGCAGUGGCUCAGUUGUGCGUGUUGGGCACCAUGUGGAUCUUUGGUUGUUUCCAGUUCGAGGAGGGCACAAUAACGAUGUCUUACCUGUUCACCAUCUUUGGCAGUUUUCAGGGCGUUAUGCUCUUUGUCAUGCACUGUCUGUUUUCUAAACAGGUGAGGGAAGAGUAUGGAAACAUCCUGUCCAGAUUCUGUGCACCUAGGAAGAAGAGCUACUCAGAGUUCAGUCACUCAAGUUCCAGCAAAGCUCACGCAUCCAAGAGCACCCAGGACACAGGAGAGUCUCACAUCUGAGGAGUUAAACAUUGAUGUGGAAGUCUGAUUUAUUUCCUGAAGAGUGCCAUCUCAGACAAACGGCCAGCUGCCCUGCCAUUUGUAGCCAGUGCAUCAGUUUGCUUUAUAAAAUGUUGUUAUUAAUAUCCUUCUAUUCCGUUUUCUUUACUGUUUCAUUGUUGAGUUGGUCUUUGCAUUUUAAGCUAUUGACAUGGAACUGUUGGUUGUUAUAAUUAUGAUACAUGAUUAAAACCCAUAGUGUGCUUUACUUUCAUGCCAACUUUCAUUGUUGUGGAGUAAAUAAAUGGGAAAUAAUGUCACUCAUUUUGGAAAAUUUUAUUUAGUUUUAUUUUUUUCAUGUGAGGAAAGAAAUUGUUUUAUCGGGUAAUAUGGCACUUUGUUUUCCUGUGUAAGUUGUCCACCACAUUUAAUUUGAUAUGAAUUAAAUAUGGCCAACAAAAGGACAAUUAUGAGACAGAAAUGUAUUUCAAAUGUAUGUUUGUGUGUAUAUAUUGCUGGGCAAUUCUGUAGUAUUCUGUGACUGCAUUCCUGCUCCAUUCAGUGUGCUGUACUAUGUUAAAUCUAUUAUAUCUAACUAUUUGAAAAGAGUUUUUUAUUUACCAAGUUCAGAUAAUAUGUUUCAAAACUUGAAUGUUCAGAAAAUGCCUCUCCUGGAAGCUUUUAAUUAAAUAAAUAUUCUGUUGUACCUUG